AUGGAAGACUCCAAUGCCCUGGAGCCAGAACAAGAAAAUCAGGAAUCGGGGGAAGAAGGGAGGCCGUGGGACGAAAUGACAGCAGCUUCUACCCAAGAUCCUCAGCCUGGAUUAUCUGAGCACCCGGAGUCAGAGCAGGGGCCUGACACUGGACCCCAGCCCGGGAGCAGCCCACCUUGGGGUCCGCCUGGGAGCAGCCCACCUGGGAGCCCGCCUGGGAGCAGACCACCUCGGGACCCUCCGUCCAGAGGCAGCCCACCUGUGGAUGACCUCGCGGGACCAGGUGCAUCUCCACCUGCGCCUCCUCGGGAGCCCUCCUCCCCUCCUCCUCUGGCUCUGUCGGCACAGCACCUCGCUGCACAGUGGCGCUCAGACAAGACCGCGAGGGGGAUUCCUGAAGCCGGGACACCUCACCCUGACCACUUGCAACAAUCAUCAGAUGAAGGAGAAUCAACUCACCACCAAACAGGCCAGUCAAAGGGGAACGCCUUUCAACAGCUUCAGCAAACCAACGGUCACCGGUAUGAGCCGAGGGACGCGAACGACGGUAACUCUGAACAGGAAGACCUGAGAUGUGACACUUCUCAGGAGGAAGACUCAGACAGUGAACGUCACCUGGAUGAGGCUGAGCCUGGGCCUGAGCCUGAGCCUGAAGCGGCCCCCAGCAUGCGUGAGAUUGCCGUUCGGAGCGCUAAGGCUUACCUACUGAAGACCAGCAGCAAGUCAGGCUUAAAUCUAUAUGACCAUCUUUCUAAUAUGCUGACCAGGAUCUUAGAUGAGCGUCCUGAAAAUGCUGUGGACAUCAUUGAAAAUAUUAGCCAAGAUGUAAAGAUGGCACAUUUUAGUAAAAAACUAGAUACACUCCAAAAUGAGAAUGAGAUGCUUCCAACAUAUGAAAUAGCAGAGAAACAAAAGGCUCUUUUUCUCCAGGGAAAUUUGGAAGGAGCUGACCAAGAACUGGAAGAUGAAAUGGCAGAAUACUCUCUCCCAAAUGUAAUGGAGUCAGCAUUUUAUUUUGAACAAGCUGGAGUUGGUUUGGGCACUGAUGAGAUUUAUCGCAUAUGUCUUGCCCUCAAGCAGCUUACUGACACCCACCCAAUCCAAAGAUGCCGUUUCUGGGGCAAGAUCUUGGGACGGGAAAUGAAUUAUAUUGUAGCUGAAGUGGAAUUUCAUGAAGGAGAAGAUGAAGAGGAGGUGGAAGAGGAAGAUGUAACUGAAGAGAGGGACAAUGGAGAGAGGGAAGGUGAAGAAGACGAGGAUGAAUUACCAAGGUCCCUUUACAAGGCCCCACAGCCUAUACCAAAAGAAGAAAGCAGAACAGGUGCCAACAGAUACAUUUAUUUUGUUUGCAAUGAACCGGGAAGACCAUGGGUGAAGUUACCAUCAGUUACACCUGCACAAAUUGUUAUUGCAAGAAAAAUCAAGAAAUUUUUCACUGGGCGAUUGGAUUCUCCCAUCAUCAGCUACCCACCUUUCCCAGGAAAUGAGAGUAAUUACCUACGAGCACAAAUUGCCAGAAUUUCAGCAGGGACCCAUGUCAGCCCUUUAGGAUUCUAUCAGUUUGGUGAAGAGGAAGGAGAGGAGGAGGAAGAAGUAGAAAGUGGGCGAGAUAACUUUGAAGAAAACCCUGAUUUUGAAGGCAUCCAAGUGGUUGAUCUAGUGGAAUCCCUAUCCAAUUGGGUUCAUCAUGUACAACAUAUACUACCUCAGGGUCGCUGUAAUUGGUUCAACCCCAUACAAAAAAGUGAAGAGGAGGAAGAAGAUGAUGAAGAAAAAGAAGAGAAAGGAGAAGAGCCUGACUACAUAGAACAGGAAGUGGGGCCUCCUCUCUUGACACCAAUCUCUGAAGAUUUAGAGAUCCAGAAUACACCACCUUGGACAACACGACUAUCUUCAAAUCUCAUUCCUCAAUAUGCUGUUGCUGUUCUCAGAUCCAACCUUUGGCCUGGAGCAUAUGCCUUUUGCAAUGGCAAAAAGUUUGAAAAUCUCUACAUAGGCUGGGGUCAUAAAUAUAGUCCAGACAGCUAUGCACCUCCAGUUCCACCACCAGCUUGUCAAGAAUACCCCAGAGGACCAGAAAUUACAGAAGCAGAUGACCCCAGUGUGGAAGAGGAGCAGGCUUUCAGGACUGCACAGGAAGCUGCUGCGCUUCCAGCCGAGGAAAGCGAAGUAACUGAGGAAGAUGAAGAUGAUUAUGACUAACGAAAAUAAAAUGGGGUGCUCAAUUCAGCAGCAUGUAUACUAAAUAAAACUGACCCCAUUUUAUGAGACUGAUGCAUACAUACUACUUAUGUGGUUCUAAUUAUAUAUAUUCAUGUGCAAAAUGCCAUUCCCUGAAAUAAUCAAAUUUGGAAUUUUAUGUUUGGAAUUAUUAGUAUGUACUUACAGAAAGAUGCUCAAUGGAUUUUGCAGAGGCUAAAUGACAUGUUCUACAUUAUUGUCCUGAUAGCCACACCAAUGGAAUAUGUGCUUCUGUAUUUUUUUUUCAAGUCUCAAGUUUAACUUCUAAUAUGGCAAACAUGAAAAUAUAUAACCCACAAAAGCUUCUUGGGCACUUCAAUAUUUUUUUGAGCAUCAAGGGGUAUCAAGGUAAAUAUUAAGUUUAUAAUUUCAUCACCUGCUCAAAGCCUUGGGGAACACUCAAAUUUUUAACCUUUUUACUUGUUACUUCUUUAUUUAUUUUUUGUUUAAAGUAUUACA